AGGCUCGACUCAGGGCAACACAGCCCUUUCAUCGCCUUCGUCGCGGUGCACUCUGGGAUUUUAUGUAAGCAGCAUGGCGGCCGCCUGCAGCAGAGCUCUCUGUAAGGUCGGCUGGACUAUUUUGGAGUCUCCGGUCACGCGCCGGCCCGCCACCCUCUCCUACCUGGUGGGGAAUGUGAGCGCACGCGGGUCCAGGAGGGCGUUCAGUACCGGCGGGACCGGGUCCCGGUCCAAGCUGCUGUCCUCCCUGCGGCAAGGAGGAGGGAGCCGCAGGGUGCUGGGCUGCGCCGUCCUGCUGGGUUCAGGUCUGGGUUUGUACCAGACCGUGAGGUUCCGGAUCCAGCAGCACCUGGCCGAGGAGGACACCAAGGUGAGUCCGCUCACAGGAGCCUCCGAGCGGCCGCAGUGUCGGCUGGAGUCCCGCUGA